AUGCUUGAGCUGGGAAAACCACUGGAUCAGCUGAUGAAGAUCCAGGAAUGCAAUGGAAUCAACAUGACUCUGGACCCUUUCAAAGCCAACUGUUGGCUGAUGGUUUCUGAGGACAGAGGUCGCGCCUUUAAAGACAGAAAAGCCAUUUUCGACAACUUGACCUCAGAGUUGAAAGAAAAGGAGAAUUCCAUAUCGGGGAGUGUUAGAAAAAUCAAAGCUUCAAUUCAGAGGAGCAGGAACAUGUCAUUAAAUGACAUUGGACAACUUGUACAAGUUUGGAGAGCUCUAGUGGCUUUUCUUCAAAGAAAACAGGGAGAUUUAGUUAAGGAAAUUGAAGAGAAACAGAAAGAAUCAGAGAAACAAGCUGAAGAUCAAAUAACUCUGCUGGAACAAAAACUUUCUGAUUUAAAAAGAAGAAGAUCAGACAUUCAGAAGUGUAUACAGUCAGAAGACUACCUCUACCUGCUGCAGAGCUGUCAGUUCAAACAAAUACCCGAGAACACUUAUCAGAUUGAUCAACUUACUGAACAGCCCACCAAUGUAAAGAUAGUGAAACAGUCAGUGGCUCAGAUUAAAGAAAGAGUCAUUAAGGAGGUAGAUAUGCUGAUUAAUAAGGUAAGGUCAUCUGAUUUCAGUGACCCACCUGAACAGUCAGAUGAAGAUGAAAACAUAAGGAUGGGAAAUUCUGUCCAAGAUGCGUGGCAUCCACCGAAGGACAGGCUCAUGAUGAUUCAGCAAUGCAAUGCAGUUAAUGUGACUUUGAACUCCUAUAGUGCACACCCAUGUCUUACUGUAUCUGCAGAUGGAAAGACACUGAGCUAUAGAGAGAGUGAGCAAUGGUUCCCUGUUUUGCCAUCGCAAUUUACAUGCUGUUUUGCUGUAUUGGCAAAUGAAGGUUUUAAUUCAGGAAGGUUCUACUAUGAAGUAGUAAUCACCAGCAGUCAACACUUGGUCUUGGGAGUAGCUAAAGAAUCAGUUAACAGAGAAGUCUUGUCUAUCUCACGUAACCAUGGAGCCUGUCUAUGGUUUGGGUCAUUUUUUGAAGGGAACAUCGAAAAAAUUGGUGUGUUUGUAGAUUACGAAAAGGGAGAAGUUUCCUUCUAUGACGUCAAUUCCAGGACCCUGUUAAAAUCCUUAACAGAAUGUUGCUUUACGGAGACAAAAACUGGAGUGCUAGGUUAUCUCUACUCUCUUAUGGGACUUUCACCUGUAUACAGACCAAAGAUCUACCCCUUCUUUUUUUUUCAUGAGCGUUAUGUACUUGAUAGUCUUGCUAUCACUCCUGUCGAAUGCACAUGUUCCUAAUAAUAAUAAUCCUAAGAUACCUGAGAAAGAAUGUUGUUCAACUUGAUGAAUAAUCACUGUUAAUAUUAAUGAGGUUUAUUGUAAACUUUAUAUUUAGAGAUAGAGAUAGAUGAGUUUCAAAUAAAAUGUUAAAUGAAAGGGAUUAAUGAGGCUAUACAUUUAACCAUCAUUAGAAAGUUGAUUUAGGGUGGCUGUGUGGCUUAACAGCUAUGACAUAGCUCAUUUAUUUCUUUUGUUUGUACAAAACUUUUUUCAUUUUGACUAUUUGCAAAAAAAAUAAUAGACUUUCAUUGUUAGAUGGUUAUAUCUGGGGACUGUAGUUUUUGUUAAAAGUUUCUGAACUACUGUAAUUUUUUUGCUCUAUAU